AUGGCUAUCGAAGUUGUAUCUGGUAGAACGACACCGUUGUCGGCGGCGGCAACGCUCAUAGGCACUCCCACCGAGGACCUCAAGGGCUCGCCUAUCGAAGGAGCCGGCGUAUACAAUCAAUCGGCAUCUGACAUCAUUGAACUGCUAGCGUCUCGUUCAGUUACCAGCUCCGCCGUGUACAUUUACGAUGUCGCUGAACAAGUAGGGUUCGGAACGCUGACUAAAUCAUGGUCGUCCACUGCGCCAGUCAUUAGCCUCCAGACGAGGGCAGGUGCCGGCCUUAGUCUUGUUGGACGGCUUUCUGAAGGCAGUAGCCAGGAUGUGGUGAAGGGAGCAGUUCUCACUGCUUACACUACACCCGCUGGGCUCGCUGCGAUGGCUCAAUCAUUGUCAUAUUUGCCCUCUGCUACUAGUAGCAGUAGGUUGAUUAUCCAGGUUCCGGCAGCCACCACUGUCGGUCCAAGCUUCGCGCUCUCCCCGACACUCGCAUCCCUCUCUACAGCUUUCACCAUCCUUCCCGAUAACCUUGUUGUCUUGUUGUCUGCUACUCCACAGGAGUCCAUAGAUCUUGCCGCGCUUUCGUACAAGCUUACGUCCUCCCAUGUUGUUCACAUCUUCGAUCACCACAGCAUCUCGCGCGAAAGCGAACUCAUUCGGUGGUCUGGAUAUCAACUAUUCGACUACGUCGGUGAUGUAAAUGCAGAGACGGUGGUUGUGUUGUUGAAUGGACCCUUGGCACUGAUGGCGAAGUCCAUUGCGACUCGCACUAGUGGUCUUGGCGUUGUGGUUGUAAGAGUGUUGAGGCCAUGGGAUGGGGAUGCCUUCAAGCAAUGUCUCCCUGAUACUGUGAAGGAGGUUUACGUCUUUGACGACGUUCCCAAUGAAGUUUGCCAAGGCAGCCUAUUCGUCGAUGUCUUUGGAUCGCUGUAUGGCCCUAACUCUCCAGGGCCGCUUGUACGAGCUCAGCGGGUGACACCCACAAGGACGUCAUCCUUCCUCUCAGACCCCACUCAGUUUUCGACCCUCCUCACUCAACUCGCACACCAAGUUCCUGCUGCGGUCCAACUCGACACCUCUUCAACCAGGAAGCUUCUGUUCUUCAGUACCCCAAAGUCGACCCUUUCUCCUCUCCCCCAGACUGUGGCGAAUUCGUUUUCCAGUACGGUCUCUGCUCGCCUCCUUACCGACCAUGAUAUUUUCAACAAAUCUGGAGGCGUCACUGUGGACAAGAUUGUGCUUUCUUCGCACAACGAGGACACAGAAAUUCUCCCUAUGGCUGCAGCGUUCCCCACGGGGACAGCAGACUUCAUUUGCGUCCUUGAUGCGAGUCUACUGAAGUCUCACUCAUUGCUCAAUCAAGCCAAGUCUGGCGCAAUAGUGCUCGUCGUUACCCCAUGGUCCUCUGAACUACCAUCCAACCUACCCGCUGCUGUCUUGUCGACAGCGGUUGAGAAGAAACUCCGUAUCUUUACCCUAGACGCCAAAGCCAUCUCAUCUGACUUGGGAGCGGAAGUUGGGGCAGCUCAGGAAGCUGUUCAAAGACUAGUUGUUUAUAUUGCAGUUCUGAGGCUUUACCUCGGGAAAGCGGCCAGUGAGCCUGCUGUUCGUAAGCUCGCAGAAGGUGUUGCAAGGGAGGUGGCUCAGGGUGGUCAGCUUGCGAAGAUCAGUGCUGGCUCUUGGGCUGGUCUCGAGGAGGUCGAAUUACACAUCCCUCCGGCAGCGGCCGAGGGUGAAACAAAACCUCCCUCUCCACUCAAGCAGUUUGAGUUUAAUGCUAUCGCUGUGGAGACCGCCGAUGGCCAGAUUGUCGUCAAUGGCUCAAAAAUUUCUUCGUGGCAUGAUGCUGCUAAGCACCUUCUGUUCCCAUCCGUCUUCACACCUCCAACGCCCCCCUCGGAGGAAGCUGAAGAGUACCUUCAGCAUCCUUCUCUGCGACCAGAAGUACCCGAGCAUACCUACCUUGUGACUUGCACGGUUAAUCGCCGCUUGACUCCUCUGGAGUACGACCGGAACGUCUUCCACCUGGAGUUCGACACGGAAGGCACUGGCCUCAAGUACGCUAUCGGAGAGGCCUUGGGCGUGCAUGGGUGGAAUGAUGAACAAGAAGUUAUCGAUUUCUGCAAAUGGUAUGGCGUCGAUCCCGAGCGAUUGAUCACCAUCCCAGUGGCUGCAAACGAAGGGAAGAUGUACACUCGCACUAUCUUCCAGGCGCUUCAGCAGCAAACCGACCUCUUUGGCCGGCCGCCGAAGUCGUUUUACGCUGAGCUAGCUGCAUAUGCUACUAGCCCUGCCGAUAAGCUAGCGCUUCAGUUUAUCGGCGCACCUGAAGGGUCGUCUACUUUCAAGAAGCUGGGAGAGAAAGAUACUGUCACAUUCGCAGAGGUCUUGCAACGAUACCCUAGUGCGAAGCCAGGCAUUGAGACUCUAUGCGAGAUGAUUGGAGACAUCAAACCCAGGCACUACAGUAUUGCAAGCGCGCAAAGCGUGGUUGGCAAUCGAGUCGACUUGCUAGUGGUCACCGUGGAAUGGACCACACCAAGCGGCUCCCCUCAUUAUGGACAGUGUACUAGGUAUCUAGCAGGUCUCAAGGUUGGGCAGAAGGUGACCGUUUCCAUCAAGCCUAGUGUUAUGAAACUCCCGCCCGACAAUAUGCAGCCCAUCAUCAUGGCAGGUCUUGGCACCGGAGCUGCUCCCUUCCGGGCCUUCCUACAGCAUCGCGCUCUGCUCGCUCAACAAGGCAUCCCUGUGGGACCCACCUACUAUUACUUCGGUUCGCGACAUCGGCAUCAAGAAUACCUUUACGGUGAAGAGAUAGAAGCGUAUAUCCUCGACGGCACGAUCACAAAAGCUGGACUUGCAUUCUCUCGAGAUGGAGCCAAGAAAGUAUACAUCCAGCACCUCAUGCUCGAGGACGCAACCGAUCUCGCAUCCCUGUUGAAGAACCAGGAGGGGGUGUUCUACCUCUGUGGCCCAACUUGGCCAGUGCCGGACGUGUACGAAGCGCUUGUAGGUGCGCUGGUCAAGAACGAGGGUCAUACGCCAGAGAGCGCUGGGGAGUUCUUGAUGAGUCUUAAGGAAGAAGAGCGUUAUGUUUUGGAAGUGUAUUAG